AUGAUAUUUACUCAACGCAACUUUACUCGAUUAAUGUUUAUGAUGAUGGCAAAAGUGUGGGGAGUAAAUGGAGGUGGAGGUGCAACUGCCCCGAUUUCCGCGUUCUCUUCAGCCUUUGUGCCACCGAUGCAUAAUAAUAUGCCUCUGAAAAAAUCGCCAACGAAUCUCCACGUUCUAGCGCUUAAUUCAGGGAAGAAAUCUUUUCCGGCUGUUCAAUCAAAACAUUCGUUUGAUAAUCCUAAAUUUGCAAUGAAGCAUAAAAAUGCUCUUGUAUCGAAUUUAGGGGAAACGAUUGGAGAAGAAAAAAAUAAAGUUGUUGCCAAUCAAGAAAAAGAUAUUCGUCUACUUAAUGGCGCCGAAACGUUGCCGAUAGCAUCGCGUCGCCUUUUGUUAGAACCGAACAAAUUGAAGGCAUUUGAUUUAAGCAAAGAACCGUUGAAGACUUUUGAUCACGCAAACGCAGAAAUGAUCAUUAGACACGCUGUUCCAGAAGAUGCCACCCAAAUGCGUCAAUUGGCAAUUUCUUUAAUAAAUUCUGCAAAUGUUAAACCAGAAAUUGAAGUUGACCAAAUUGAAAAAGAUUUACAGGAAGGUUUUGUGCAUGCUUUAGUUAUUGAAAUUAAGGAAGAAAAAAAGAUAAUUGGUUAUCUUUCAUAUACAAUUUGUUCCUCAUUAAAUGGAGGGAAGGUUGUAUAUUUGGGUGAUUUAAUUUGUGAAAUUAAAUAUAAAGAACUUCCAGUAAGAUUGUAUGCAGAACUUGCAAAGGUGUAUAAUAAUAAUAGGUUGUCAGCUAAAAGUGAAGAAAUAAAAGAAAUUCAAGCUAUAGCCAACAGCAAAUCUGUUGGAUAUUUUCUCUUUCCAGGAAUGGAUAUUGUGCCAAAAGAAACUUUUUGGCAAUUACAUUUAAAUGAUAAUGAAGUAGAGAAAAUAUUAAAAAAUGGAAUGAAUGUACUUUGCGGGACUUUGAAAUCAACCAUUUAUUUGCCUGGUAAAUUGAGUGGAGAUGAAGCAAUUUAUCUUAUUAAACAAUGGAAAGAAAUGAACGGAGAAGGUAAAUUAUAA